UAACAAAUUUUUGUUAGAGCUAAAUGGGAUUCCAAACAAUUCGAUUUGGCUUAGAGUUUAGAUUUGUUAAUAUUUACUUGACCAAUUAUUUUGUUGAUCAUGCAUAUAUUAUUUGUAAACCUAUCUUCAGGCCGAACUUCAUGAGAGCAGAAAUGUCACCAAUGGUUGAAAGUAGUUUGAUAGAGACAUUUAUUAAUGAACUGUCGAGUAGUGGACAUGAGGUGUUGGUAUUAGCAGCACACAUUGAACAUGCAACAUUCACACAGAAGGGCAGCCGGAUUGGAAGCGAAUUCUUUCAAAAGCAUGAACAGAUUUUGCAGCAUUUCUUAAGUUUUUGUCAAGGCACAUCACAGGAAAAUCAGACAACAAGUAUACAAAGCAAUAUUGUGGUUUCUGCGCAAGAUACAGAACUUAAAGUCCAAAUCUAUCAUGAACAGCAUGGUAACGAACAUACCUGUAAUAACAAGACAAGCGACACGCUUGUCGAUUUUGUAACGAACACUGAGGCGGAACCAUGUUUUAUUGCAGAGAAAAUUUCUAUGAAUGAAACUACUAGUUCUGGUGAUCAGACAGAACAGCUGAAAUCCAAGAUUGAAUUAUUGGUUGAAACUGCCUUAGAAGAUAUUGACAAAAGGGAACAUUCAAUCAGAAAAAAUAAUAAUCGUAAUUCCCUAGUUUCCCAAACCAGAUUGCCCAAGAAAACUUCAAAAAGAAAAUUAAAGGACAAUGAGUUAACAAUGUCAGACCUGCUAAAAUCUGUAAAAAACAAAGUGAAAAGGAAUAAGAACAGAAAUGGUUCUGAAAAUGAAAUAAAUUCUGAAAAUGUUCUAAGUAAUGUUCCAAAUAUUCAGAAUAAAAGAAAACAAGCUCCAAAACGGGUGAAUCCAAAAGCAGUGAAUAAAAUUAAUGGUUCAUUAUUGAGCAAAGUUAUUGAGGAUGAAAAGGUCAAAUCAUAUAGCCAGUGUAUAGAAACUGAAGACACUACAUUUGUUGAUUUUCUGAGAUCUAACGAUGAUAAUGACAAUAACAGUGCCUCAAACAAACCAGGAGAUGCCAAUGGGUUCUCAGAUAUUCAGAACAAGCCAGCAGUUAGUGGAAAGAUGAUGAACUGUGUGGACAUUUGUGGGUUUGCUAAAAAGGUAUUGAAUUUAUAUGAAAACUGGGAAGAAUCAGCUAAGUUAACCCUAGAAAAGAAAGAAUGUGUAUUCUGUGAUAUGAAAUUAAAAACUGUCAAUGAAAUCAACAGCCAUUUAUCGAAUCAUAAACAUGCCUUUGAAUUAAAUUUAGAAACUUGUAAAAAGUGUAAGAUAACCUUACCAAGUGGCUAUGUGAGAUGUCAUCCUUGCGUGAAAGGAGCCAAUAAUAUUCCGAAGAUGAUAAACUGUUCAUACAAAGACAUCCGGGAUGAGGCAGCUUGGUUAGAAAUAGGAUUUGCCCAAUUGGGUGGUAGUUCUGACAAUAUUGUAUGUGAUGCUUGUAAAGAAUCCUUUCAAAAUGUUUCAGUCUAUAAAGACCAUUUUGUGCAAAAGCAUAUCAGAGCAUUCAAGUGCAGGUGUGAAGAAAACCUGAAUAGUCUGAAGGAAGUCAAGGACCAUGUGGAGGCUAUCCACUGUGUCAGUAAUGAUGAUGAAAACCGCUGCACAACAUGUGAUACUGACUUUACAACUGUGGAUGAGUUGAAUAGUCAUGUAAGGGAAUUUCACUGUAAGAAACAUGUUUUCAAAUGCGACAAGUGUUCAUCCUGGUUCUCAUGCCGUUACCUACUCAGUGAACAUUUUUGUAGUGAGCAGCUGGGAUUUUACCGAUGUAACAUUGAUGGAUGUAACGAGCGGUUCAAGAAGUACAGACAAAUUCAAACACAUAAACAAAAUGCUCAUGGUUCUGGAGGGCAUAUGUGCAGCUACUGCGGGAAACUCUAUCUAGUAGGAGGUCAUCUCACAGUGCAUUUAGAGUGGGUACAUGGGGUGGGUGAGCCAGUGAAUUGCAAGGUGUGUAGAUUGGAGUGUCGAGGGCCCAAUGUGUUACGAAGUCACAUGCUCACACAUAGCACAGAAAAGAGAUUCAGCUGUGAAAUAUGUGGCCAUUCGUUUCGCAGAAGCAGUGGGCUGAGUAAGCACAGAAAAAGUGCUCACAGCACACAAAAGAUUAUCAAGAAGAAGAAAACUUGUGAGGUUUGCAAUGCGUCAUUCUACAAUGCGAGCAGUCUACAACAGCACAUCAUCAAUACCAAGCACACUACCACCACUCAGGAGUUAAAAACGGAACUGGUGAGGACUUGUAGAUUCUGCGGGAAACAAUAUGCAACUAGAGAUCACAUGAUUCGACAUGAGAAAGUUCAUCUGAAGAAAGCUGAUUACUCUUGCGACGUUUGUGGAAAAUCAUUUAUUGACCGCAGUAAUUGGCGGCAACACAAAUGGACGCACACAGGAAAACCAAAGUGUGACAAGUGUGGAAUUGUGUUCAGAAGCCUUCGCAAACUAUCUGAUCACAUAACAGAGUUGCACGAUUCACAGCCGGACUCACAGAAUAGUAAUCUCCAACAAGCUUCUGUAACUAGCAAUCAAAGCCUAUUAACAUUGGAUGCUUACCAGAUGGAUAACCCCUCAAAGUAUGUGAACUUUACCGUAUCACAAACAAGUGAACAUCAGCAAAUGGAUCCCAGCAAACUUGAUCAAUCUUGUCCGAGCACAAGCCAAAUACAAGGCAAUGAUUUGUUUGCCUCUUUCCAAAGAGAAUGUAGUAACACUGGUAUGCAAAGUGUUAACAUGGACGCCAACUAUUUUUCGCAAGCCUUGGACAUGCAAUACAUUGGUGGUAUACCAGAUUCGGUUGUCACAAGCAACGGUGAGCCAGCCAAUCAGAAUGUGCAGGUGCUUGAGUCAGACAGGAUACAGAACUACUACUGUGAUGGCAACUUCCAGGCAUAAUGCAGAUGAAUACUGGUAGUCAUAUUGUUGGAGGCUUGUUCUGGGAAAACUUGGCUUAAUGCAUGUGCGUAAAGUAUUUUCAAGAUUAGUUUGUGCAGUCCGCCUAGGCUUAUCAGGCACGGCACUAUGCAUUUAGUGUAUAUUUGCAUAAAGGAAGUCUCUUCUUAGCAAAUCAGUUUAGAUGCAAAGUGUCAUCUUGCACAGGCUAAUCUGGGGCGACACUUGAAGCACAUGCAUUAACAAAGGUAUUUCCAAAAUACAGCUAAUUGGUUUUCAAUUCUUAAUACAGAUUGCAUGUUUGUGUGUUUUGGUUGUGAGAAAUAGUGUUUUUUUUAUGUCCCCCCACCACUAUAGUGGGGGACAUAUUGGUUUUGCCCUGUCUGUUGGUUUGUGUGUUUGUUUGCGUCAAACUUUAACAUUUGCCAUAACUUUUGCAAAAUUGAAGAUAGCAACUUCAUAUUUGGCAUGCAUGUGUAUCUCAUGGAGCUGCACAUUUUGAGUGGUGUAAGGUCAAGGUCAAGGCCAUCCUUCAAGGUCAAAGGUCAAAUAUAUGGGUCAAAAUCGCUCAUUUAAUGUACACUUUUGCAAUAUUGAAGAUAGCAACUUGAUAUUUGGCAUGCAUGUGUAUCUCAUGGAGCUGCACAUUUUGAGUGGUGAAAGGUCAAGGUCAUCCUUCAAGGUCAAAGGUCAAAUAUAU